AUGGCUGGCCAUGGCUGUGGCUCUGUGCACGAUGCAUUGGGCAGCCUCUCAUAUACCUCAUGGGUGGCCUGUUCGAGGGCGCCCGUUCCCUUGGAUUUCUUUUGCUCGACGUCCCUUUUGCUGAUGAGUUGAUCCAGCAGUUUUGUCGACGAGGACUUCAUGGCGAGCGAGGUGCAGGCGAAGGGCGGUGGGCAGUACAAUGGAUCACUGCUGGAGAUCCUCAUUAUCGUCCUGGCCAGUGUUUCGCUCCUGGUGGUAGCUGUGAGGGGCGUGGCGAAGCACCGCAUCAGUAAGGCCGUUGAGUCUACUGAUAUCCUACUGCCUUUGGCUUUGGUUUUCGCGAUUGCUCAGAGCAUCUUCGUACGCCUAGCAAUUUCGAAUGGCCUGGGGAGUCAUGUCGACACAUUAACCGCCGGUCAAAUAUCAACGUUUGAGAAGCUUAUCUACGCUGGAAACCUCCUCUUCCAGCUGGUGCUUGCUUUAAGUCAGGUCAUCGUGGUCCUGCUCAUCAAAAAUGUCGAGCCACAGCGACCGGUCCGUAUUGGCUGCAAUUGCCUACUUGGCUUCAUCACCGUUUACUCUGCUCUCGCCCUGUCAAUCCUCGCCUUCCAAUGCUCUCUUCCGACGCCAUGGCUAGUCGGCACGGACAGAUGCGUCGACCGACAAACAUUCCUUACCGCAUUCAUAUUCACAAGCAUAGGCAUCGACGCAGCGACACUCAUUCUGCCCAUCAUUAUGAUGUGCAAAGUGUCUACAUCUCGAGACAAAAAGAUCUUCGUCUGUGUGCUGUUCGGCACGAGACUCGCACUACCGCUGGUCACCGUGCCUCAAAUCUACCACCUCCAGAGAGUCAUUGUAUCAAAGGAUCUGACGUGGGACCUCGUGUCGUUCCAGAUAUGGAUCCAAAUCGUCAUGAACCUCGCCAUAAUUACCGCAUCAUUACCCUCUCUCGGCAAGGUGAUGUGGGAACUGUGGACAUUCGGCUCCAGUCUUCGAACGAGUCGUUCCAUACAGAGCGGCGGCUCGCGUGACUUUGGCCAUGAACUAGGCCUCGAGCAAGCUCCGCCGCAAUACCAAGAAAAGCCACGCCACCUCCUCGGUCAACCCGGCCCUGUCGUUUAUGCCGACGAGAAAGACGACUGGUCCGAGCAAGUCUUACACAAAGUCCGGGAAAUCGGCAGUGUGGACUCGCUCCAGACCGUUGUCGCGCAGGGACAGGGACAGGGACAGGACAGGGACCGCCUCCUCGUGGCACGGCCGAAACCGAGCUUGACUCUGGCCCCAUCUCCCGCAUAUACACCUCCGCGACAUCACAACCACUCUUACCGUCGUCCAGAGAUCCUGUCUCCCGUCAUCGAGCGGUCGCCGUACAUCGAAGGCAUGAUGACGCCGCAGAUGGCCUCGCAGCACUGGGGCCGCCAACAACAACAGUGCGAAAACAACGACUACGACUUGCGUCCCCCAUGCUCCCCGCACUUGACCUCGGGACCGCCUUCGUACGCCGCCAGUUCGCAUUAUGACGAUGACCACUCGGAGAUGGAUUGUUCCGAGUUCGACAUCGACAGCUAUUAUCUGGGCAACACCAAUUAUCUGCGCCAGUACGAUCCGAGACGGACGGAAUUUGUCAUGCAGAGCAUGAUUGAAGAUCUGCAGAAGGAGAAUGCAAAAGUCGACCCGGCGAAACGGUGGGAACAUGGUUGGAUUUGAUCGGCCGAAGCCCACGAGGGUCACUCAGUUUUGCGAACGUUGUUGAGAUUUGAUCAGCCGCAGCCGACGACGUCCUCUUGGUCUUUUGAACGACGGCUUCUGUUUGAGCAGUCAAUGACGGACAGCUGCACACUCUGCCUGCCUGAAGCGCCGAUGAGUUUUACGAUCAUAUGCCGCGCGCUCACGCAACAUGUGUCGCCGUGCCAUCUGCCAUGUGCACAAUGUGUUAUGGUUUUACGACUUAUGCAGAUAUGUUACUCAAUAUCAUGUGUUUCGAAUAUAUACCUGUCGAAGGGCGGCAGAACAACCCUCUCCAG